AUGGCCUGGGACUCGCUGCGCAGCAGGGACUUACUGCGCCCCAAGAUCAGAAGUGCCUCAAGCCGGCCGGCCGGCAGCCGGGGCAGUGCAGAAACGCCGUCCCUGGAGGAGCUGCGGCGCCUGCUCUGGACACGCACACACCCCACGGGGCACGUGGAUGAAGUCUGGCCAAACCUUUACGUGGGAGACCUGUACGUCGCUCGUGACAAAGCGCAGCUGAGCCGAAUGGGCAUCUCCCACGUCGUGAACGCUGCCGCCGGGCGAUUUCACAUCGACACCGGACCCAAGUUCUACAAAGACCUGCCCGUGGAUUACUAUGGAGUAGAAGCAGAGGACAACCCGAACUUUGAUCUCAGCAUUCACUUCUACCCAGUUGCUCGAUACAUAAGAGCAGCACUGAACUCCCCGAGAGGCAAAGUACUAGUUCACUGUGCAAUGGGAAUCAGCCGAUCUGCAACUCUCGUCCUCGCUUUCCUAAUGAUCUGUGAAGAUAUGUCCCUCGCUGAUGCAAUUCAGACUGUACGCUCACACAGAGGGAUCUGCCCCAACUCCGGCUUCCUCAAGCAGCUUCGGGAGUUGGACCUCCAGUUAGGAAGAAGGAAAGGCAGAGGGGCAGAGGCCCGCUAGUGCCUAGGGGGAUGUCUACCAGCACCAGACCACGAGAUGCUGCCCUCACUGAAGACAGUGCAAGGAUGCUGUCAGGACUGGUCUGUAGCUGCACUGAGAAGCUCCUUGGGAACUGGCUAAGCAUAAGCAAGCUGGUAGGAGUUCAGUAUGUUGUUUUUUUUUUUGGAUAAGCCCACUAUUUGAAAGAAAAUUAAAUAAAGAAGGAUUCAAAGUGGCAGUUUUGCCCACCUGGGCCUGUUUAUUUAACUACCUGUUGGGCAGGGCAUAGGGAGCAAUUGGGUUUUCAUGCAGAAUUAAAAAGGCAGCACAGUCAACUUGGAAAAAAAAAAAAAAAGACUUUUUACUUGCUUAUGAUUGUAUUUAUAUGGCAAGAGGGAAAAUGGCUAACCUAGUAAAAAGAAAAAGAAACCAUGAGGUUUUUAAGCAAGUCUUUAACAUUUCACAUCCAGCUGGCAUAGGGUGAGACCUCAGGUUUUGCAAGCUGACAUGCUCCUUUAGUCUGGCAUAGUGACACU